AUGACAAUCAAUCAAUCAAAAAAAAAUAUGAAAGGGCAACAAAUUGUCACUUAUACAUUGUGGAUUAAUUCACAAUUGAAAAAGAUCUCUGGACAACGCCAAAUUUAUCAAUUUCAAGAUGAUCUUCGAGAUGGGGUUGCCUUGGCACAACUUAUUGCUGCAUUAAGCGGCGAAAUUCUACCUGGCAUCGAUAAUAAUCCUGAAACAAUUGAAGCUUGUCAAAAUAAUGUCGACCGAGUCUUACAAUUUAUGGCAGCUAAACGCAUGCAAAUGCACCGAACAGUAGCAAAAGACAUUGUUGAUGGCAACAUUAAAGCUACCAUGAGAUUGGUAUUAGCUAUCGCUGCCCAUUAUAAACCUCAUAGCGUUAAACAAUCAAGCUAUACCAAUAGAUCAGCCUAUCAUUCAUCUACUCUUGAUCGCCAUACAUCCUACAAUAUAUCCAAUGAUGGUCACAAUUCUGAUAAAAGUGCCCGACGAGCGCAAUCAAGUACCGAUAAUUAUUUAUCUGCAGGAAGUACAUCACAGUUAUUAAGGAAUGGCCUAAGCACAGACAGUGUACCCUCUAGCGAUGCUAGUGGCCGACGAAGAUCCAAAUCGCCUAGUAGAAAAAAGUUACCAGCUGGUCAAGCCCCAAAAGUAAUACGAAAGAAAUCGUUUAAUCAUAAUGAUAGUUCGGAUGACAACCACAAUCGAUCUCAAGACGCACAAUAUAAAUAUGUUACGGCUAGUGUUCAUCAAAUAUCACCAUCUCGGAAUAGCUAUAAUUCAGAUGAUCGCAGUCAAAAUUCAACACCUGGACUUGCUGUUACUGACGACCAAAUAAUAUUACAACAUUCUCCCAUCCAAGAUAAAUCAAAAAGCAGACGAGGAAAGUAUGGAGACGAAGUAAGUUCACAUCCAUCUGACGAUAACAGCAUGUCGAAUAGCGCAUCAUUAGAAGAAUAUUACAAGAAUGAAAUUUUAACUUAUCGAAAAGAAUUAAUCAGUUUACAAGGCACCUUGUCUGAAUUACGAAAUAAACUGACUGAGCAACAAGAUAACAAUUUCAAACUACAGAAACAAUUACUAGACAGAGAUUUAGAAAAUCAAAGAUUGAUGACUGAACGGAAAUCGCUAGAUUCUAAACGAAAAGAUAACGGUAAUCAUAAGCGUCGCAAUUCCUUUACAGGCCUGGAUGACACGGUUCAGUAUAUUGCUUCAACUGAACUAGAUAGAUCAAACUCAAAUGUGCGCCUAAAAACUCGACAAUUGUAUUUGACAUUGCAAGAAUAUGCCGCCUGUGAGGGCCAAAUUGAUGUCGGCUCCGUUAGAGCAUUAAUGGAUGAUUUUGCUAAAAACCUUGCUAUAGGAGAUGAUCAAGAAAGAAUAAAAGCUAGAGCUCAGUCAAAAUUGCCAGCACAAGAAAUCGAUGCGCAACAACAAUUUAUUGAAAGCGAAGAUGAUGAGCAGACAGUAGGAUCCUACCAAUCUAAAGCCGAUGAAAUCAUUAAUAACUAUCUGGCAGAACAAUCCAAUACAGCAGAUAAAGUGACCAAAGUAUCUUAUCAUCUAGAAGGCGAAACUAAGCCAUCCACUUUUCUGAUCCACAAAAGACUUGGACAAAUCACAUUCGGAGAUUUUAAAAAGAUUUUAAAUUUCACCGGCUACUAUCACUAUUACUUUAAAGAACUAGAUCCUGAAUUUGGAACUGUCAAGAAAGAGUUGUUCGAUGAUGAUGAUAUUUUACCUGGUUGGGAAGGAAAUAUAAUGGCGUGGAUUGAAGAAGGAGUCACUGUUUAA